AUGGAUGCAGAGAUGGCUUCCUGGAAGUCCACAGGCACCUACGUUGACGCUGUCCCCCCUCCUGGGGCGAACAUUUUCAGUGGCAUGUGGAUUUUCAGGGUGAAGCGGCCGCCGGGUUCUCCGCCUGUCUUCAAGGCGCGUUACGUGGCUCGUGGCUUCAGUCAGCGGCAGGGAGUUGACUACUUUCAGACCUUCUCCCCCACCCCGAAGAUGACCACUCUUCGGGUACUGCUGCACGUUGCUGCUCACCGUGACUACGAGCUGCACUCUCUCGACUUCAGCACAGCUUUCUUGCAGGGCAGCCUGCACGAGGAGAUCUGGCUGCGGCGCCCACCUGGCUUCACUGGAUCUUUCCCUCCUGCUACCCAGUGGAGUCUCCGGCGUCGAGUCUACGGUCUCCGCCAGGCGCCACGUGAGUGGCACGACACACUGAGGACUAUGCUUGCGGCUCUUGGGUUUGCUCCUUCUACUGCCGACCCGUCGUUGUUUCUGCGCACCGACACCUCUCUGCCGCCGUUCUACAUCCUCGUGUACGUCGACGACUUGGUCUUUGCCACAGCUGACACUGCUGGACUCGCCUACGUGAAGUCCGAGCUGCAGAAGAGACACACGUGCACUGAUCUGGGUGAACUGCGCAGCAUUCUUGCACGCUAUGUUGCUCCUGGGAGACACCGACCAGAGCACAUGGCUGGAGAGAAGAGGGUGUUGCGCUACUUGUGCAGUACGUCGGGCAUGGGGCUAGUGCUUGGAGGGCGGAGUCCAGUGGUCCUCACUGGGCACGCAGACGCUUCUUGGGCUGACGACCAGGCUACGCAGCGGUCGUCCCAGGGUUACACCUUCAGCCUUGGUUCCGGCUCUGUUUCGUGGCGGGCUACUCGUUCGUCUUCUGUUCUCGGCUCCAGUUGUGAGGCUGAGAUCUACGCCGGGGCCAUGGCUGCACAGGAGCUUCGCUGGCUUACCUACCUGCUGACCGACCUUGGAGAGCCGCCUCGUUCUCCUCCAGUCCUGUACGUAGACAACAAGGCCAUGCUGGCCUUGUGUCGAAAGCAGAGACUGGAGCACAGAACAAAGCACAUUGCUCUCCGCUACUUCCUUGCUCGUGAGCUACAGCAGCGUGGUCAGUUGCGGCUUGCGUACGUGGCCUCUGAGGCCAACACUGCUGAUGUUUUCACCAAGGCACUUCCGCCUUGUGAUCAUCAGCGCUUCUGCACUCAGCUGGGUCUUGUGCCUGUCUUGCCUCACUUGCUCACCCCUUGA